AUGUUCAAGUUUGAUUCAAUAAACGAUAGUCUGCGACCCAAGCUUCCUGAGCUGAUAAAGAUUGAUGACAUCACAUCAGGAAAGAUAGAUCCACAACUUAUAUAUAAUGAAAUAGAACGUUUGAAAGCAGAGAUAAAUAUACUAAGAAACGAAAUGUCAAUGUUUCUACAGGCAUUAGCCACAGUACCUGAAUCUAAUUCACCACAAGAAUAUUAUCGCACUACAAUGUCGAGGUUGGAAAUUGUACAACAAAGUAUUCAAGAGUACUGCGAGCGAUAUAACAAGCUUUUGCCAAUCAUAAACUUAGCGCAGAUUAAGCUAGGUCAUGAAGUUGAGGCUCCACCCGUGAACAAGGCUAAACCUAACCAGCCACAACAAAAUAACAAAGUCAAGACUGGGUCCAAAACGCCUUCGUCAACGGAACCUGGUGUUCAAGGACAGAGUGCAAAUCUCAAUCAAUCAUCAACUAAUAAUGGAAAUGGGAAUGCAUCAAAGAAUGUAAAGAAGCCAAUCAAAAGAGGAAGUCAGACGAAUAAAAUUACCGAAGGAACGUCGACACAACCAAUAGUUAUAUAG